CCACGCGAGCAACCCUGACCAACUUCCAGCAGCAGCGGUGAAUAAGUUCGGGGGGUAAAUCCAGACUUGUCAAAGAGUCAAUAAAGCUCAGCGAACACGAAACUGACGAGCUCCACAGCCGGGCAGUCAACAUGGACGACCUCGACGCGUUGCUGGCAGACCUGGAAUCAACAACAUCCCACAUCUCAAAGCGGCCGGUGUUCUUGCCCGAGGAGACCCCCUACUCCAUCCCUACGGGAGGACACUCCUUCCAGGAUGUGUCAGUUCCACCUCCAGUGCCCCCUCCACCCUCAGCUGAGGCUCUGAAUGGUUCACUGGUAGACCGGUCGGAUUCCCAUCACUCAUCUCAGCAGUCGUUAGGUUCAGCACAGAAGAGCUCAUGGUCCAGGGACAGUAGCAGCUCUCCGUUGUCUCACAUUGAGGAAGACCACGUCUACAGUUUCCCAAACAAGCAGAAGUCCUCAGACUCAUCAACAGCAGCCAUGACGUCUGCCCUGGGCAGUAACCUCUCGGAGCUCGACAGGCUGCUGUUGGAGCUGAAUGCAGUGCAGCAGAGCUCCCCGUCAUUCCCCACAACAGAGGAGGCAGCUCCACCCUUACCUUCCUGCAGCAUCACCCACUAUGAGAAUGGCAGUGGCCCCGACAUCCUUGUGAGCCCUCCGCCUCUGGAGAAACCCAAGAGGAACGGAACGAGGUUGGAUGAAACUCGACCAACUGUGGAGAGUCUGCUGGACGAGCUCGAGGGCUCAGUGCCUUCACCCAGCCCUCCUGCUUGUCACAGCGAUGUAGACUCCCCCUCUCAGCAGCAGGCCAGAAUUUCAGCUUCCUGUGCCACAAGGGAGCUUGACGAGCUCAUGGCGUCUCUGUCUGACUUCAAGAUCAUGGCCCAAGGUAAAGGGGGUGUUCCUGGUGGGCCGCCAACACAAGUCAACAAGCUGGACAACAUGCUGGGCAGCCUGCAGUCUGACCUCAACAAACUGGGAGUGCAGACAGUAGCUAAAGGGGUCUGCGGUGCCUGCUGUAAGCCAAUUGUAGGACAGGUGGUAACUGCCAUGGGCCGCACAUGGCACCCUGAGCACUUUGUGUGCACACACUGUCAGGAGGAGAUCGGCUCCAGGAACUUCUUUGAGCGCGAGGGACAGCCUUACUGUGAGACCGAUUACCAUAACCUGUUCUCCCCACGAUGCUACUACUGCAACGGGCCCAUACUGGACAAAGUCGUGACGGCGCUGGAUAGGACAUGGCAUCCAGAACACUUCUUUUGUGCCCAGUGUGGAUCCUUCUUUGGCCCAGAGGGUUUUCAUGAAAAGGACGGGAAGGCUUAUUGCAGGAAGGAUUACUUCGACAUGUUUGCACCGAAAUGUGGAGGUUGUGCCAGAGCCAUUCUGGAAAACUACAUCUCGGCACUGAACUGCCUCUGGCAUCCUGAGUGUUUUGUGUGCAGGGAGUGCUUCACCCCAUUUGUGAAUGGAAGUUUCUUUGAGCACGACGGUCAGCCCUACUGUGAAGUGCACUACCACGAGCGCCGCGGCUCCCUGUGCUCCGGCUGCCAGAAGCCCAUCACGGGCCGCUGCAUCACCGCCAUGGCCAAGAAGUUCCACCCGGAGCACUUUGUCUGUGCCUUCUGCCUGAAACAGCUCAACAAAGGCACCUUUAAAGAACAAAACGACAAGCCCUACUGCCACGGCUGCUUCGUCAAGCUUUUCAGUUAGGUUCCACAUUAAGUAACACACACACACACACACAUAAGUGUCUGAGGCAUCUUUACCAUAGGCUGAUUGUGUUUGUAUCAAAGAAAGUUGUCUGUUUUUUUUGAAUGGUGUUGUGAGGUGUGUAGGGGUUGGGGUAUGUGCAUGAGGUAGAAGCAGGAUCCUGUCUCAGGCAGAGGAAAAAUAUGUUUGACAUGUCCUUCAGAAAUGUGUGAAGCUGUCCCUCCUUUAGACAGACAGACAGACAUUUAUUUUUGAAGCUUUGGGGGCUCUUGAGUUGGUCAGUAGGCCUCAGGAUGAUGCAGACAUGCUCCAUACUUUUUAAAAGAUGAUUUUUUGUGUUUUUAAUUCUCACAGCAUUGAGCUUUCAUAAUGUUUUUGUUUUUUUUCAUAAGAGGUGGUGAAAUCUUACUGAACACUGUAGAAAAAUCCAUGGAAUACUCUGCAUGUUUGACAUUGCUGCUCACUGGUUGAGUGUGUCAUUUUAGGUAUAAUGGAAAAAAAAAGAAUAUAUAACGAAGCAGUUGACUAAAACAGGGAACACAUUGUUUUUAACAUUACAGUAUAUCCCGUUUCUUACUACUCACAAGGGUGGGAAAAAAACAACAACUUUGUCUCUGUUGGAGAAUCAGCGUUGGUCAUUAUUUUGUUUGUAUUACUGUUUUCAGACGGAAUCGUGACAUGGAACUCUUGAGUUUGCCGUUCACAUGUGAAGAAUUCAGCGGGGUGUUUUUUUGGGUCAGAAACAGGAAAAGGUCUGGAACACGGAGCAGGACGGAGGGUGGUGGGCAGGGCACUCGCUUACUCACGCACUGUGAAUAUUUGACCAGGUAGCUGACGGGGAAUGCAAACGUCAGUGGAUGUCUGAAAGCAGCUCCGAAAACACCCUCGUAUGAAGCUUUUAAAUGUUACUGAGACAGAAUCUCAAGUGCACACACACAUUUGUUUUUUUUAGCCCAAAUCAAGUAUGUAUUGAUGAAUAUGUGACAGUGACUGACACUGAAAUAAGGAAUUCAGUAUGUGGGUCUUCCACCAGGAGCUGCAGUAUUCACUCUCUCAACUACAUGGUUGAACACACCUCAUGUUUUUGUGCUGCCAAAAUCAUUCCUUAUUGUCUUCACUGAAGAAAAAACCCACCAGAAAACAGUGUCUUGCAGUUGUGGAGCCUCACAAAAGAAUCUUGUGAACCUCUUUAAUGACCUGUACUGUGUACUGUGAGUACACCGUGAGGAUUUUUCUUGUUUGUAGUAAUCCAAAGCAGCUACUUCGUAGGUAAAGCACUGGCAUGCUCGGCAUGUGCACGUGUUUGAUAACCACUUAUUUGAAGAGGGAGAGAGAGAGAGCUGGUGAGAAGGCAUAGCAAAAGGUUCUUCUGGUUCAGGAGCUGACGCAUGUUCGCUGUUGUAGCGAAAGGAAAGUAGUCGAUUGCAAACGUGCCUUUUUUUGUAUUUCAGCUUUCCGAUCAUGUGCAAGUCUCUCUGCUAUAGUUUCAGUAUCAUGUGUAAUGACACUGGCAAAUUCAGCAAAAAAAUACUGACAGCAGUUGUUUUCACGUCAUCUGUCUGUGCUUCUGACUGUAACACGUCGGCUGUUAAAGUGAGAGCCUGGUGGUCUGCUAGAAUCAACUGCGGGACUGUGAUGACUCGUGUCCCUCAGCAUCUGAGUAAAGUCUACUGUAUGACGACCGGUCGGGUCUGCACAUGUACAUGGAGCAGAUACGUCAGGCUUUUUGUCUCCUUCAGGGAAUUAUAGAGCCUUAACUCACUCACUCUAUUUAAGAGAUCAUGUAACCGUUGUCUUUUCAAAACGAUUUAGUAGAGUGUUUAUUUAACCAAAGCCAUACCUUCCUUUGUUUUUGUUUGUUCCCCUUCUUUUGUUUUGUUUUUUUUCCCCCUCCCGCUUUUCUUUUCAUUUUGAAUGUCAGUAGUGAUGAAUACUGGGAUUCUCAUCUCUAGACUGAUUACACAAAUAAAUUCUGUUUUGGUAUCAAA